UGCGCCUGGGCACUCGGGCUGGAAGUUGGCGGCGCGAUGGGGAAGGAGCGCUGGAAAACCAUGGGAGGAGCCUCGCAACUUGAGGACGGGCAGCAGGAGAAAUCGCAGAGGAUGAGCUGCGGGUACAUCCUGUGCACCGUCCUGCUCUCGGUGGCCGUCCUCCUGGCGGUGACGGUCACGGGGGCCAUCCUCUUCAUGAACCACUACCACACGCCCGUCACCGAGUCGCCCCCCGUCAUCAGCACCAACCCUGAGGAAGCCAACGCGCUCGUCACCAUCGAGAAAGCCGACAGCUCCCGCAUCAACAUCUUCAUCGACCCCAACUGCCCCGACGCGGCGGGCACCUUCGGGCGCCUGGAGGGGCUGCAGACCUCCCUGCUGCGCGCCGUCACCGACCACGACGCCGAGGCCAAGGCCACCAAGAGCCAGCAGAAAGCCCUGCUGGUCACGGUGGCGGAUGAGGUGGCCAAGCUGCUGACCCACGCCGUGCAGCUGCGCGCCGACUGCGACGGCCUCAAGAAGGGGCACAGCGCCAUGGGGCAGGAGCUCAGCGCCUUGCAGGGAGAGCAGGGCAGGCUCAUCCAGCUGCUCUCGGAGAGCCAGACCAACAUGGCUCGGCUGGUGAGCUCCGUCAGCGACGUCCUGGACACGCUGCAGAAGGAACGUGGUGGUGCCCGGCCCCGGCUCAAGGCCGACCUGCAGCGAGCGCCGGCCAGGGGAGCGCGGCCCCGGGGCUGCUCCAACGGCUCCCGGCCCCGAGACUGCUUUGACAUCUACGCGAGCGGACAGCAAGAGGAUGGGAUUUACUCCAUCUUCCCCACACACUAUCCCUCCGGCUUCCAGGUCUACUGCGACAUGACGACCGACGGGGGUGGCUGGACGGUGUUUCAGCGGCGGGAGGACGGCUCCGUGAACUUUUUCCGCGGCUGGGAAGCCUACCGGGACGGCUUCGGGAAGCUGACAGGAGAGCACUGGUUAGGGCUGAAGCGGAUCCACGUGCUGACGGUGCAGGGCAGCUACGAGCUCCGCAUCGACCUGGAGGACUUCGACAACGGCACCGCCUUCGCCCACUACGGCAGCUUCGGCGUGGGGCUCUUCUCCGUCGACCCCGAGGAGGACGGGUACCCUGUCUCCGUCGCCGACUACUCGGGGACGGCAGGCGACUCCUUCCUGAAGCACAACGGGAUGAAGUUCACCACCAAGGACCUGGACAACGACCACUCGGAGAACAACUGCGCAGCUUUCUACCACGGCGCUUGGUGGUACCGCAACUGCCACACCUCCAACCUCAACGGGCAGUACCUCAAGGGCCACCACAGCUCCUACGCUGAUGGCAUCGAGUGGUCCUCCUGGACCGGCUGGCAGUACUCCCUCAAGUUCACCGAGAUGAAGAUCCGGCCUGUCCGAGAGGAGAAUUAGCUGGAUGGCAUGAGCACCCCCUCCACAUCCUGUGCCCAGCCCCCCGCUCUUCCCCACCACCCCCCAGCUGCCAUCCUCCUCAUCCUCCCCGAGGGCUGGCCUAUCUUUGAGGGGCCCCUGAGGAGCACUUGCCCCUGGCGAGGGUGACUUUAGCUCCUGGGCACCCAUGGACGUCACUGGACCUUCGCUUCCUACUGCCGUGGCUCCCCUGCAGCCAAAACAGGUCUCCUGGCCAGAGCGUGACCCACGGCUGGUGCUUAUGGCUGCGGCAGAGAGGGCAGCAGAAUGAGGGGAUUUGGGGAGCCCAGUGGGGUCCAGCAAGGAGGAGAAGGGACUGCCUGGAGAGAGGGAGGGAGGCAGGGAUGCAGCAGCCCGGGCAGGCUGAGCACCUUCGCUCACCUCUGCUUUGGGCACAGACACCCAGCAGCAGCCUGGCCAAGCUGUCAAGGGACUGGGGGACACUUGCUGUGGGACCCGCCCCCCCCGAGCUUUGCAGAGCCCCUGGGACAGGGAUGGGGCUGCUGCUCCACGGUUCUGGCUCACCCCGUGGUGCUCCUGGGGAUGGGGAGGGCUCGGCUGGUUGCAGCCCAUGCAGACCCCUGACCUUGCAAGCAAUUCCUUCUCCGGUCUGCAGAAAUCUCGCCUCUCCCCCUGCAAGAGCAAUGCAGCUGGAAAGAGACAACUAUAAAAUCAUUUAUCCCCGUUGUCCCUGUCCUGGCUCCUGGAGCCUCCCGGGAGGUUGAGACACCCCAAAGCAAGCCGACGCGGUGCUGCAAAAACACCCCCCCCCCAGAACUGAGCACGGUACGGAGCUGUUUUGGCAACGCUGGGGAAAGGGGGAGCACAGCAAGGAGGAGGAGGAGGUGAGGAAGGCUCGCUUCCUGGUACAGCUCUGCCUGCAUUUCCCAUCUCCUCCCUCCCAAACAGACCCACUCAGAUUCACAUCGGACUUUUCCCAAAAUCCUGGGCUUUGGACAGCACACCCGCGUGCCCCCAAGCGAGCGCCCUCCGCUCGCUCCCAGCCUGGGGACCCGCAUGCAUCUUCACUUGGGAUGAGCUGCACUCUGGCUCGACACCUGCAGAUAUUCAAAGCCUUUCAUUUCUUCAAAUCCCAUUAAGGUUUUGCAAAAAGAAGCCCCGAGUGGGGCUUAGCAUCUGCAGGGCCCAGAUAACUGGGCAGCAGGCGAUGCCUCGUGCCAGCCGAACGAAGGACGAGCUGCCACCGGGGCGUGGGGCUGACCUCUCCCUGUAGCUCCCUUGAAGGACUCAAAUGAGGGAUUUUGUCCAAAAAAAAACCCAAACCGAGCCCGAGUGGGAUGUGUAGAAACAGGGAGGGGGACAGCCUGGACGCUGCCACCCUUUAUAUGAUUUUCUGCCUGUGCUACAGCAGCAGUGGGGAGCAGAGUCCCCGCGCCAGGCCCUGGCCCCAAGAAACACCGUUGGAUAGACAGACUGCCCAAGGAGGGGAGGAAAGCUCCUGCCAUCCCCGUUUCCAGGAGGCUUAAGGCAUGGGGAGAUCAAAGGCUCAUCUUGCUGGCUGUGGCAGAUUUUACUUCCCUGUGUGCUUCUCCUUUUUUUAAGCCUGCCCCACCUUGGACCCUGUGCAGGAUGCGCCCUUUUGUGUGCUGGGUGAGUCCCUGUCCGUCUGUCCUGCUGGGGAAGCGAGGACAAAAAACGCAUCAGGAAUCACCGCAGCUUUCCCCACUGCCAGAGACAUUCCUCAGAGCCCUCGGGUGAGGAUGGGCUCCGAGCACAGGCACCAGCUCUACCAGCUCCAUCCCUGCCCAGAGCAGCUGGCCAGGCUGCAUUUUUCAAGUGAUGGGAUUUAGGGGAGCUCGGCGGUGGCAUUUCCCAGCCAGCACAAGAACAGGAGCCCCUGGCAGCUCCCGAGGGGCUUUCAGUGUCCCACCAAACCCCUCUGGAAAGGGUCCCAUGCAGGCAGGGAGCACGACGCCUGUCUUUACUUUUUGUUCAUUUAUUUCAGUGGAUUAGCUGUGGCUGAGUUUUCUAGCACUCACCUCCAGGACAAGAAGGCACAUGGAGCCACAUGCCCCAGGCGGGAAGGCUCGUCCCCUCCCUGGAUCCCUUCACUGGUGUUUUUCCCGUGCUGGGGAGGGGACACUUGUCAGUAGCACACCCUUGUGUAACUGCCCGUGUCACCCAGGACUCCCUAAUGACUUGGUUUUGGCAUGCGUGAGAGGUAUUUAAUCCAUGCCGAGAUGCAGGAUUUCCCAGGAUUAUUCCCGAGAGCGCACGCAUCUCUCCGUGGCCCCAGAUUAGGCUCAACCCGUCCGUGGUGACACCUCUGGAGAGGGGUGGGAAGGGACGGCUGGGGGGGUCCGGGACCUGGCCACGUACCUUCCCGGCGAAGCCCUGGGCUGGGUCGUGCUGUGUAGCAGUGCCGUGAAGUCUAGGUCGUGUGUGAGUGGUGUCCAACGCUGUACAUGUGGACUUUCUAAACUCCUUAAUAAAAGGAACUUCAUCGUU